CUCUUUCCAAGCAAAUGCAUCGAAAUCUCAUUCCGAAGCCGACACUCCUUCCUGCUGCUCAGAAAGAAGAGAGAGAAAGAAGCAAAUAUAUUUCUAGAGAGAGAGAACACAGGGGAGUUCAGGAAACGAGGGUAGAUAGAGAAGAGAGACAGUUAGAGAGAGAGAGCUGAGGUGAGGAUGGAUAGAGAACCAGAGGAGAUGCAGUUCUUGGGGUGCUUCGGCAUCUACAAGGAAGCCUUCAAGAUCAUUCUCUCAUGGCGAAAGAUCUUCACUCGCAUAACCCUAGCCCUAAUCCUCCCUCUCUCCUUCAUUUUUCUCGCUCACAACUUCGUAACAGAUCGAAUCUUCAGUAGCAUCCAUCGAAACGAGCAAGCCCUAGAUACCCACCCUCAAUCUAAGCACAAAAUUAUUGAUAAGAUCACCUCGGAAUGGAUCUCUCUCUUCCUCUUCAAAGCUGUGUAUCUCGUCUGCGUCCUCAUAUUCUCUCUCCUCUCCACAUCGGCCAUCGUUUACACGGUCGCCUGCAUCUACACGGCCAAGGAAAUCAACUUCCGAAAGGUUUUGAGCGUCGUUCCAAAGGUAUGGAAGCGAUUGAUGGUCACUUUUCUCUGGAAUUUCGUCAUCCUUCUCUGCUAUAACACCGUAUGUAUAGUGAUAAUUGUGUGCUUCGCCUUUUUGGUUCUGCAAUCGGACGAUAGUAUAUUGAGUGUGUUGUUUUGGAUCGUUUUGAUUGGGUUUUAUCUUGUGGGUCUGGCGUAUAUAAGCGUGGUCUGGCAUUUGGCGAGCGUGGUUUCGGUUCUUGAGGAUAAAUACGGCAUCUCUGCUAUGCAAAAGAGCAGGAAUUUGAUAAAGGGAAAGAUUUGGGUUGCAGCUUUCAUAUUUGUGAAACUUUCUGCCAUUUAUAUUGGAAUUCAGGUCCUGUUUGGUGCGAUUGUUUUGAAGGGGGGAGGUUGGGUUUGGAGAUUAGGGUUUGGGGUUCUCAUGGUUGGGGUUCUUUGCUUGUUGAUACUCUUGGGGCUUGUUGUUCAAACUGUUGUUUACUUUGUUUGCAAAUCUUAUCACCAUGAGAGCAUAGAUAAGUCUUGUUUGUCUGAUCACUUGGAGGUUUAUCUUGGAGAGUAUGUUCCCCUCAAAGGCAGUGCAGUGCAGCUGGAGCAGCUCUAUGUAUGAUGGAUGCUGGAUGUCCAACAACCCAUCAUUAUCAUCAUCAUGGGCGUUAACAUACACAGAUUCAUCACAUAAAUGAAUCAGGGAAGUACAUCACAUACAUGAAUCAGGGAAGUACAUCACAUACAUGAAUCAGGGAAGUAUGUGGUUUGUAUCAUCUAUUUUCACCAUUAAACUUCUUUUUUCUUAUCAGCAUUAACAAUAAUAAAUUAUCAUGGUCUGUCAUCAUGGAUGUCAAUGGAUGGAUGGAUGGAUGGGGGAUGGAUUCUAUGAAGGCAUAAGGCAUAUGUCAGGGAAUGCAUAGGGAUAGAUAGAGAGAAUAAUAGGGAUGUGAUUUAGUAGUUGAUUUAUUGUAUGUGAUAGGGCCCAUUCAGUGCAGUAUGAGAUUCACACAUUCUGUUCUGAAUGGUUUUAGUUUGUAUAAUUUUAAGGAAAGAUUGGAGAGUAAGGAACCAUUUGUGUUUUUUUUUUUCUUGACUUUAGUUUGUUAUUUUGUUUCUUGUGCAAUUCAAGGAAAGACAGAAGAGCAAUAUACUUGUGUUUU